AUGGCGAACCGCAUGUCAAUGUACUCGGUGGCCUCGGAGUCUAUGGGCGGACCUCGAGGUGUCGGACAGCAGUCAAGCCAAGUCUCGACCACAACGCUGUUGAAUGUGACACACAAUGCCUACCUCUCUUCACAAGCCUACCGUCUCGAUGCCGGAACCAGCCUGGUUGUGAAUACCUGGCUCACGGCUGCCCAAGCCGGUCCAGAUGGCAAGGCAGGUGGAACAAUUGACCCAACUCUCGCUGCUCGAGCUUGGGAACAUGCUCGAAGGCGAGCCGAAGAUGGCUGCAUUAUACUAGGCUCUCUGCACACAUCUACACCCUCAGUCUUGACACCGUUCCUGUCAUCCCUCCCCAUGUCCCUUCCGUCGUCUCUCUUCAAAGCCCUCGAAGCUAUCCAGCCGUUUAUUCGAUGCGUAACGCCAUACAACCCUUCGACACCUCGUCAAACUGCUCUAGGCGUCACAUUGACGCUUAAUCUGGCUGGCAAUCUACAAGCAGCCAGCCUGGCUCUCGCGCAAGGAGGAAUUGACACUGACAGGGGCCUCCUCAACAUUCCACCGGAGGCCGGAUACCGAGCUUUCGAUGUCUUCUAUUAUCUCCUCACAUCUGCCUCCACUCCCGCGGAGCGAGAGUUUCUCGGUUUGCGAUCUGCUUCAAGCUAUGCAUUGCUAGCGAGAUCUGGCACCUACAAUCCUCCCUCAUAUCUCCCUACUGCAGACGAUGGUGCCGCCGCUGACGACUUCCGGGCUGCCCUAAAGGAGAUUGGCAUCAAGGGUUCGGCUCAUCGAAACUUCAUAUCGACACUUGCUGGCCUCCUUAAGCUUGGAAAUACUCUCGACUACGAGCUCGACGAGGAUGCUCUGGACGAGAUCUGUGAGGAUGUUAGUGGCUUGCUCGGCAUGGAGCCCGAGGUCCUUGCCAGACAAUGCACCACGGACGACAGGAAGACUUUCAUCGGUGGUCUAUAUGAGGCUUUGGUCGACUGGGUCAUCACAAAGGCAAACGAUGCCAUUUCCGCACAAAUGCUUCGGAUCCGCGAUGGAGACGAAAGCGACGGCGGUGCGCGCACGCCAAACUCUAAUGAGGACACUGGCGAUACUGUUUGUAUCACUAUUCUUGACAUCCCUGAUCCGACUUUGGGUAAGGCUGUAGCUAUGCGUGGCAUUUUCGACGAUACCCUGGGCAUCAAUGCCGAGAUGAAGCAGGACGGAGUUGAAGUUCCCGCUGCGGGAAGCUCCGUUCUCCGUGAGAUGCAGAAUGCUGUUUCUGAAGUCGCACCCGAACUGGGAAUCAUGACUGGUCCAACUGGUCGGGAGAGGCAGCACAUCCUCGAGAAGCGAGAAGAGGUGUUAGAGAAGAUUGCCUUCAGUGGAGAUGAGGACGGCUUCCUCAAGAAGCUUUUGUUCCCUGUGGAAGGCCAAGGCAUCAAUCUCGGCCGAAAUGCUAGAUUAGAUCUUGCAUCUGUCCUAAGCAGCAGCCGCGUUUGGUAUCACCUGUCAAUCCAUCCGACCGAUGAGUCGCCUGCUAGUCUGGCUGCCUUGCCGUCUGUCACCUCGGCGUGGUCCGCAGGCACAGUGUCUCGUCAACUUCGCUCCUGGCGUCUGCCAGAAUGGGCGAACAGACGCAACAAGAACCUGGACUUUACAGCUGAUUUCGACCUUGAAGAAUUGGCCCAGCGUUAUCAGGUACUUGGCUGCAAGGACGGCAAAGAUGGCAUCGAAAGCUGGGUUCUAGAACGUGGUUGGAGCAACGGUGAGGUCGUUGUUGGCCACGAGCGUGUUUGGAUGCACGAAAACGCCUGGUGGGAGGCAGAGAGCAUGCUUGAUCUCAAGCCUAGCCAGGCUAAUAACCUACCCGGCAUGGGCAACGUGAUGCUCGCCCCAGCCUUGGAGUCAGGAUAUUCCGCCAACGGAAGCGGCUAUUUCAAUCAAACCCCUUUCGCAGACCCGACGCCCUCGGACAGUCGAGAGCAGCUGUUCCACCAAAGAAAUCGAAGCCAGAGCACUUUGCUUGGGCCAGCUACACGUGCCGCACCUUCAAUCGCUCCAUCGGCGAUGCGUAACGUCAGCGCAGGAGACUAUGGCCUUGGUCCUAAAGGCGACGACCGCCGCGGUCAAGUAUACUUCAACAGCGAAGGUGAAUUUGUUGGCAGUCUAGACCCUGAGCUUGCCAACGGCAAGUCAAUCGAAGAGCAGCCAAUUACUGCAUCACGACGAAUCUGGGUUGCAUUUGUCUGGGCAAUGACAUUCUGGAUCCCCUCUCCUCUUCUACGUUAUGUUGGACGUAUGAAGCGUCCUGAUGUCAGGAUGGCUUGGAGAGAAAAGGUUGUCCUCUGCUUUCUAAUUCUCUUGAUCAAUGCCCUGAUCGUUUUCUGGAUUGUCGCAUUCGGCCGUUUGCUUUGCCCUAAUUUCGACAAGGCCUGGGCUCAGAAAGAGGUCGCAAAGCACCAGGGUGAUAACGACUUCUGGGUCAGCAUCCACGGCCGGGUCUACGAUAUCUCGAAGUUCUGGAAACUGCAGCACAGUGACAGCAAUAUCGAGACUACCAAAGAUAACAUGCAGCCGUUCGCUGGUAUGAAUCUGGAUGAGUAUUUUGUCGCUCCUCUGACCGUUACCUGUCGAGGUCUUGGUAUUACGCAGGAGAUGCAGCUCCAGGCGAAUACUACCGUAGAAUACCCGGAAGGUCUCCAUACCUCAGGAUACUAUCAGGCUGAUACCACAACGGCACUGCGACAAGAGAGCUGGUACAAGGACGUUUUUGAGCCAGCCAUCAAGGAGUAUUACAAGGGCGACCUUGUAUGGAAGACCAAGGAUGUUAAGUCCGAUGGGCAGGAUAAUAAUCAUGAAUGGUUCAUCUAUGAUGGCCACAUCUACGACCUCACUGAUUACUUCUACACGUUGAAGUUGAUGAACAACCUUGCCAAGUACGAGUUCUUGAACACUGAUUUGACGGACGCUGUCAAGAAGAAUCCGGGCUUGGAUCUUACAGAGUCGUGGACAAAGAUCCUCAGAGACGCUGCAGGCAAUUCAACAGAGACUGCCAAUAUCCAAAACAGCAUUCACUGCAUCCAGAACGCCUUUUAUGUCGGCAUUCCCGAUUUCCGGGACUCAGCAAGAUGUCAGGUUAACAAUUACAUUCUUCUGGCCUUCACCAUCCUCCUGUGCACUGUCAUCUUGGUCAAAUUCUUGUCCGCCUUGCAAUUUGGUUCGAAGAGACGUCCGGCCCCUCAAGACAAAUUCGUUAUCUGCCAGGUUCCUGCAUACACUGAAGGAGAAGAUUCGCUCAGGAAGGCUCUUGACUCCCUUACUGCUCUUCAGUAUGACAACAAGCGCAAGCUGAUCUGCGUCAUCUGUGAUGGUGUCAUCGUCGGUGCUGGAAACGACCGCCCAACCCCCAAGAUUGUCUUGGAUAUCCUUGGCGUGGACCCUAAGGUCGACCCUCCUGCACUGCCCUUCAAGUCUGUCGGAACUGGUAGCGAGCAACUCAACUACGGAAAGGUGUACUCGGGUCUCUACGAGUAUGAGGGCAACGUUGUCCCAUACAUCGUGGUUGUAAAGGUCGGCAAAGAAUCUGAGGCCACCAAGAGCAAGCCUGGCAAUCGUGGCAAGCGUGACUCGCAGAUCCUGCUGAUGAGCUUCCUUAACCGUGUCCACCACCGCGCUCCUAUGAACCCCCUAGAGCUGGAGAUGUUCCACCAGAUCAACAACGUCAUUGGCGUUGAUCCUGAGCUGUACGAAUACAUGUUGAUGGUCGAUGCGGAUACUUGCGUUCGCGAAGAUUCACUCAACAGACUGGUUGCUGCCUGCGCCAAUGAUGCUAAGAUUGCGGGUAUCUGCGGCGAGACCAGCUUGCAGAACGAGGAACGGUCAUGGUGGACCAUGAUUCAAGUCUAUGAAUACUUCAUCUCUCAUCACAUGGCGAAGGCUUUCGAGUCCCUCUUCGGUAGCGUCACGUGUUUGCCUGGCUGUUUCUCCAUGUAUCGUCUCAGAACAGCUGACAGAGGGAAGCCUCUCAUCAUCGCAGACGAUGUUAUCAGAGAGUAUAGUGAUUGUCAAGUUGACACUCUUCACAAGAAGAACUUGUUAUCCCUGGGUGAAGAUCGUUUCCUGACCACUCUCAUGACCAAGAACUUCCCUCACAUGUCAUACAAGUUUAUCCCCGAUGCCUAUUGUCAAACAGCAGCACCCGAGAAGUGGAGUGUUCUGCUAUCACAACGUCGACGAUGGAUCAACUCUACUAUCCACAACCUUGUCGAACUGAUGUGGCUCAAGGAGAUGUGCGGCUUCUGCUGUUUCAGUAUGAGAUUCGUCGUCUUCAUUGAUCUCACCGGUACCAUCAUUCUACCUGCCACCACCGUCUAUCUUGGCUAUCUCAUCUACAACGUUGCAACCAACCAAGGCCAAUUCCCCAUGUUCUCCAUCGUUAUCUUGGCAGCGGUGUACGGUCUCCAGGCUAUCAUCUUCAUCUUGAAGAGACAAUGGCAGCAUGUAGGGUGGAUGAUCAUUUACAUCCUCGCCUUCCCUAUCUACUCUUUCAUUCUCCCCAUCUACUCUUUCUGGAACCAAGACAACUUCUCCUGGGGUAACACGCGUAUCGUCAUUGGAGAGAAGGGCAAGAAGCAGAUUGUUGCCGUGGAUGACGAAGGCUUUGACCCGAGAAGCAUCCCUCUCCAGCGGUGGGACGACUAUGCUAUCUCGAACAAUCUCCCUGGCCGACGAGGCGGUCACUCUGAGAAGAUGCAUGACCAAAUCUACGACGAGUCAUAUGAGCUUGACGAUAUGAAGUCCGUCUACUCGUCUGUCCGCCAAGCCUCCAUUCUCACCGGCCUUCCCGGCCGUGGUGCUGGAGCCUACAUGCCACCUCAAUCCCCUGCACCAUUUCAAGGCCCCGGCGCCAUGAGCCGCCAGUCCACCUUCACCACUCCGUUUGCGGACCAUCCCAUGCACCGUCAGUCCGUGGCGUCAAUGGGAACUGGCAUCCAUGACAUUCAGCGGUCUCCCUAUCAGGACUACCCCAGCCAAGGCAUACGGCCUAGCAUGUCCAACCUCCGCGCCGUAAGCAACACAUCGCCGGGUCUUGGCGCCACGCCCCGCGCUUCCACUGUCCUUGGGUACUCUGGCGGUGCGCGCCCGCCUAUGGGCGCCUCAGAGGCAGCUCACCAGUCCGUCCUCUCCUUUGACUUCCAGCGCGGCAACGCCGGCCCUGACGACUUCGCCAUCGUCGAUGCCAUCCAGGCCGUGCUCCGCGAGGUCGACCUCGACACCGUGACUAAGAAGCAGGUGCGCGCCUUGGUCGAGCAGAGGCUGCAGACGGAGCUGGUCGGCGAGAGGAGGACGUUCAUGGACCGACAGAUUGAUAAUGAGCUGGCCAACAUGUAA